AUGUCAUUUUCUUCAUGGUUUAUUCCCUGUGUGCCAAAUGAUUCAUCACAAAUUGUAUAUGUUUGGAUUGAUGCUCUUAUUAAUUAUUUAACUGUUGCUGGUUAUCCAAAUGAACUAGUUCAUUGGCCUCCUAAUUGUCAAAUAAUUGGAAAAGAAAUUAUUCGAUUUCAUGCAAUCUAUUGGCCGGCAUUACUUAUGGGACUUAAUCUUGAAUUACCACAUCAAUUAAUUGUUCAUGGACAUUGGUUGAAAGACGAUAGAAAAAUGUCAAAAAGUGUUGGUAAUGUGAUUGAUCCAUUUGAUUUACUAAGCAAAUUUCAAUGCGAUGGAGUUCGCUAUUGUUUAUUACGUGAAGAUAUACUCUCACAAGAUGCAAAUUUUAAUGAAUAUAAAAUGAAAAAAUAUUUAAAUGCAGAAUUAGCAAAUACACUUGGUAAUCUACUUAAUCGUGUUACAUCAUCAACAAUAAAUCCACAACAAAUCUAUCCAUCUCAUCCUUUACAUUCAUAUCCUUCUUCAACAAAAGAACUGAUCGAACAAUGUACUAAUCUUCCAUCACGUGUCGCACAUGCCUAUGAUUCAUAUGAAUUCUAUCAUGGAAUUAUUGCUAUUAUGGAUGUUCUUCGAACAUGUAAUGGUUAUGUACAAUCUGAACAACCAUGGUUAUUAGCUAAAUCAUCUAAAGAAUCUGAUCAACAACGUUUACAAAUAUUAAUUUAUUCAACACUUGAAUGUUUACGUAUUUGUGGUAUACUUCUUCAACCAAUUAUACCAUCGAUUGCUAAACAAUUACUUGAUAUACUUGCUAUUGAUCAAGCAAAACGUACAUUACAUGAUUGUAAUAUUUUAAUUGAACAUAAUGAAAAAAAAAUUAAAUAUUAUUAA